AUGAUGCAAGCUCUUGGUGGGGGGGAGAAGGUGCACCAGGAGUACAUUCAGCAAACGCGUGCAUCUACAGAUCGCAAUCGCAGCCCAGUUGCACGUCAAAAUUCGGAGACGAGACCUGGCAGCGACUGUGUCCUUGCCGAGCCGCAGUUGACUAUCCCAGUCUGUGUUCCCUCACGCAUCCUCUGGGGCAGUGCGCUCCAGAUAAGAAGGACCGGGAGAAUUUCAGGCAUCCUUAUUGCCUCGUAUCCGGAUUCACUGAGAAGCAGGAUGGAAGGCUGGACUGGGGGUACUGCAGAGAUUGCCCCGAUUGGAUCAUCAUGCAAACCGACCUUGCGACCGUCUUCCAGAACAGCCCAGGCACUUCCCAAGUCUUGUGAACAGGUGCCCUCAAGAGUCCCUUGUUCAGAAACGCCUGCUUCGCAGCUGCAGACCUAUGAAGAUCUUAGCAGGCAGCAAAUGAUGCGGUCCAACGCCGGUAGCGCCGAACGUGAUUUCUACGAACGGCAGGCCAGCCAGCUCGAGCAGACGCGGCGACCCUUGGAGGCGAAGGCCGCAGAGGCGCAGAGGGAGAUUGACCGACGGCAGCGGCUCAUCGACAUCCGCAAGAGGGUCAUCAACGAGCAUGCCAAGGUCAACGCAGCCAAGUACCGCGCAUUAAACGAGAAGAUGUACAACGACGAGCAGAAUCGGUGGCCGGCAACAGAUCAGACAUCCCAGGAUCCCAGGCAGGAUCCCAACUAUCCCCGCCGUACUCGAGGGUCUCACAACUUCCGUGCUGCGGACGCGCCCUCGGAUGCUGACAUCGACCGAACGGCCAGAGACUUGGACACCAUGGCCAAGGACGAUUUGAAGGAAAGGAAGAGGCAGGGCAAACGCGGCAGAAGCUUUGGCUACCAGAGCACUGAAGUCGCCAAGUGGGCAGAGGCUGAGACCGAGUUUGGCACGGUGUCGUUGGAAGGCGAGUUUCAGUACGAGCUGGGUGCCUGCGAGGAGGGUGUUUGCGCCAGCGUUGGAGCCGCCGUUCGUGUUACGGUGGAGGACACGGUCUACGAAGGCGAUGGCGUAAUCAUUACUGUCAAGGCGGAGACCGAGGUGUUUGGCGAAGCAAGCGCUACCGCUGGCUGCAGUCGUCAAGUGCAGGGCUGCGCUGUCACGGCCUCCGCCAGUGCGGGCGCAAAGGUUCGCGCUGAAACCAAGGUGACCCAGGAUCUAGGCUACGGGGUCACCGCUGACUACACUGCGGCGGUGGAGGCGGGUGUCGUUGCCAAGGCGGAGGCAGAGGCAGGCUGCACCACCAAGAAGGGAUGUGCAGCAAAAGCAAAAGCAUACGCAGGUGCCUAUGCCAAGGCCUCUGCUGAUGCUCAGGUGGGAAAUGAACAUGUCAGUGGCAAAGUUGGCGGUUCCGUGAUGGUCGGUGCGGCAGCCGGCGGUUCAGGUGAUGUGAGAGGCAGCUACAAUGAUGGUUCGAUCAAAGUUGGUGGAGAGGCCUGCGGGGUGCUGGUGGUGGGUGUUUGCGCCAGUGUGGAGUUCGAGGUGGAUGUAUCAGGAGCAGAGGACUUAGCGCAGGACUUCGGUGACUUUGUGGCCGGUGUGGCAGGCGAGGGUUCCGCGGUCGCGAACGAAGCGCUGACGGCUGCCAGCCAAGGAAUCGAGCAUACCAUCGACCAUCUUGGAUCAGGUAUACAGGAAGCUGGUAGGACCGCAGAGAAGGGUUGGAACGAGUUCACAGAUGAAGUGGAAAGCUGGAAUCCGCUUCCUAAAGUUUCAAUUCGAACACCCUGGCUCCUCCAGCAAGAUUCCGAAGAUUCCAGCACCAACACCUCGACCGAAGCAAUCCCCGGAGUCUCCGAGUGGUGGCGACUGGUGACAUAUGUCCCACGUGAUACCGAUGAGAAGCCGUUUGCCGCUGCCUUCGAUCACUUCGAGCAGGCCAACGUGCUCACGCGGCGGCUCCUGACGGAGACACUGCCCAGGAUCAAGGUAGAGCAGGUCACGGCGGCUGUCCCGAGUGAGGUUUCGGCUGAAAUCGAUGCCAUGCUAGAACAGCUGAUUUCAUAG